UGACUGUACUUACGCUUAAGGAAGGUCUAAAGUUGUUUCAAACACAGUUUUAAAAGCUAGCUGGUUAGUUUUACCCAGCCUAUUCGUGUUAGUAGGGUGUAAGCUAGAACUGGACAAAGUAACUUUUUGGUAGACCUUUACUUGUAGAGAAUUCCAAAGAGAGAAUGUGUCUUUGAAUGCUCAAGUAUUUCUAAUGAAUUUUUUAAGCCUUCCCUACAGGCUUUCAGAUAAGGUAAAAACCUUACUCUCUUUAGCUGUCCACUUGCCUGAUGAAUUCUUUGGUCAAAGCCUGGAAUUAAUUUUUUUCAAGGUUUGGAAAAAAGUUACAGUAGGCUUUGUGUUGAGUGCGAGGGAAUGAGAGCACUGAUCAGGUUUUAUCUAACUGAAAAGUUUAACAGAAAAUUUAAAAAUAAGUUUUUCUCAUUCCAGGUUACCUUUGCAAGUGCCACUUCUUUUCAUCUAAGGAAACACUGUUCAGUACAUAGGAAUUUGCUGUUUUUUCCAUGUUGUGUAGACAAAAUAGAAUCUUCUUCAGAAUUUCUAGUCUAGUAUAGACCGAGACACCCUGGGAAUUAAUAUGUGGGUGAUACUGCAUGACAGUGUAGAACAUUUCACUGUAGGUUGAAAUCCUAUUAAUAUUAUUGGAGUUUUUCUCUGAAGAAGGUCUGGUCAACUUCAUUUCCUAAGUCAGCUGUGAUUUGUAAAGGUUUUAUAAGAUUAUAGCUUAAAAAAGGGGUGAGUAUGUGCACAAACUAAAAACUUCUUAAGAAUAUUCUUCCGUUCUUUGCAUCAGCUUCUUAAAAUACUGUGUUUGUAGAAGGAGAGUCAUCACAAUUUUUCUUACGCAAACAAAAUCACAAUUUCUGUUAAAUGUACUGUGAAAAAAACUAGUUGCUCAGUGUGUCUAUGUUAAGACUUAGUCAUUUUGGUGCAGAAUACAUUGUUACCGUCUACCUCUGUUUUGUUAGAAGUACUGAUAAGAAUUUUUUUCUUAGCUUAUGUAGUUAGAAACUUUGCAGUAAUUAAUCUGCUGUUCUCAGUCUUCAGUUACAGGUCCUUUAUUAAAGGCUUUCAGAAAUUUGUACUUUCAUAAUUUUUUUUUCCCCCAUGGAAAUCUUUAUAUGGUAAAAUCCUGACAUUAUCUUACUACUUGAUCUUAAGUACUGUUGUGUAGCCAAUGUUCCCAGCAAUAAAUUUUGCAAGAAGCUGUAUGAGAAUUUGCGAAAGAAUAAUUAAUAAUUCAGGUACAUAAAGUUGUGUUUCUGUAGGUAUGUUUAUUAAAAGAAAAUCUGUGUGCGUGUGUGUGUGUGUGUGAAAUCAACAGCCAUUCUAUUACCUUCUAAGAACACAGUCAAGUCCAGAGGUAUGGGCUUUAUUCCAAAGAUACUGCCUUUUGUUGAGACAGCCUGGUAGGCGAAUUCAGCCUUUUGAACUGUGACCAUAAGAAAGGAAGGUGGAAGGUGGACAUUCCUUUUGUUUCUGCUUUUCUUGCCAUACACUUAAAUUUGUGUCAGAAGAGGAGAGAAGGCCUAACACCAGCUUCAGGAGUCUGAAUGCAUAUGGAAAGCUCAGUGUAGGACUUGAAAUUCAGGACAACGGCAGUAACUGGAAUUGGUACCUGCUGUUUUCCAUCUUUUGCUCUGCAGUGAAACUGAAGUUUCUGAUGCUCGAAUUUUUAAAGCUGUCUGACUGAUGGUGCUCAGUGCUGAGAGAGCACGUGCCCGUUCUGAGCUAGGAGGCUGGGGGCAAUGCCUUUCGGGUGUCAGCUGACAAGCUGCAACUGUUAGAAUUUCUCUUGUGAAGCUGAAUAGCCAUCAAAACUACAACUGUCCUCAAAGAGUUGUGGCCUAGUAAAAGCUGGCUUUGGUUUGGAGUGGUUUUUUUUAUUGCAGAGGUAUUAAAUUCCAGAGUCAAAACGUUGUCUAGUCAAAAUGUUAAUUGAAACAGUUUUAGUGGUGUAUAUUACAUGCUAGUUUACAAAGCAGCGUUACAGUGUUCUAAAACAUGCAUAGAAGGACAUAUAUUGAAGACAGUUCUAGAUGUAAACAAGCUUUAUGGUUUUUAUUGGGAUCUUUUGGUAUCUAAACUCUUGAGCAGGGGGAAAACCUCUCUGAAGCUCCUCCUGAAACAGGAACAUCCUGUUGAAGAAUGAAUGUGGGACAAAAUACGUUUGAAUGCUUUAGUCGUCUUUUAAAGAGCAUAGCAGACCCUUUCUUUGCGUUCCUGCAUCGCUCUUCUAUUGUCUGUCAUUGCACAUUUAUAAUGGCACGUGUUGCAUACCCAGCAACUCUCAUUACUGUUCUAUCACGUACAGCUGUCCCAGUAACUGCCGCUUUCCAAUUUGUUUUCCUUGACCGCAGAACCCCAUCUCGGCACGGGGGAAGCGGGGAUGCGGCCGUCUGCCACCGGCCCGGCGGCGGGCGGGAGCGAGCGGAGCGGCGGCCGCUUCCCCCUCCCCCUCGGGAGACGGCCGCUCGGUCGCGGAGUGAGUGGGAGGCUUGUGCGCAUGCGCGGGAGGGCCGCGUUUGCCGCCAUUUUGAGUGGAGGCGGUGCUGGCGGUUGUGGGUGCGCCUCAGGCGGUGCCCGCGCUGGGGGAGGUGGCGAUGCUGAUGCAGGGCAGCAUGGUGGACGCCUGCAGGCGGGCGGGCGCCUCAGAGUCCUAUACGGGCCGCGGCUCUUCGACGUCGGGGUUGGGCGGGCGAGCGGAGCAGGCACCCCGCUAUACCUUUGGGCUGCUGCAGACGCCGCGCAGCACGGCGGACAGCACCGGCGACUUUUCCAGCGGCGGGAAUCAUAUUUUGGGGACAAAAGUUCUUAUGUAGAAAAUGCUAGCACAUUGAAUCUCACGAGUUCUUCUGUGCGAGGCCUGAAUAGCACAUAUAUAGGAAAAACGCCCCUCUCUUCUGGUAGAUCUGUUUGCAGAAGCCAUACCCCUCUUAUGGGAUAUUCAGUUACAUCCUCAUCUGCAGUCUCUGCUCAUACUGUUGCGUCGGUUAUUGUAGCUGUAGUAGAAGGAAGAGGCCUUGCCAGAGGUGAAGUAGGAAUGGCCAGUAUUGACUUAAAAAAUCCUGAGGUGAUAUUAUCACAGUUUGCAGACAAUACAACUUAUGCCAAGGUUGUUACUAAACUCAAGAUUUUAACACCACUAGAAAUAAUAAUGUCAAACACUGCUUGUGAUGCAGGGAACACAACAAAAUUGUUCAGUCUGAUAACAGAACAUUUCAAGAAUGUGACUUUUACAACUGUCCAAAGAAAAUACUUCAAUGAAACAAAGGGGUUGGAAUACAUAGAACAAUUGUGUGCGUCUGAAUUCAGCACCAUUUUCAUGGAGGUUCAAUCAAAGUAUUACUGUCUUGCAGCUGCUGCAGCUUUGCUAAAAUAUGUUGAAUUUAUUCAAAAUUCAGUUUAUGCUCCUAAAUCACUCAAGGUGCGUUUCCAGGGGAGUGAGAAAACAGCUAUGAUAGAUUCAUCAUCAGCGCAAAAUCUUGAACUAGUAAUUAAUAACAGAGAUUCUCGGAAUGGUCACACGCUUUUUGGCAUCCUAAAUUACACUAAAACUCCAGGUGGAAGUCGAAGACUUAGAUCCAAUAUCCUGGAGCCACUAGUUGAUGCCGAAACAAUUAACACGAGACUGGACUGUGUUCAGGAAUUACUCCAGGAUGAGGAGCUCUUUUUUGGUCUUCAAGCAGUUAUCUCAAAAUUCCUGGAUACAGAACAACUACUUUCAGUUUUGGUACAAAUUCCAAAGCAGGAUACAGUUAAAACUGCUGAAUCAAAAAUAACUAAUUUAAUCUACCUGAAGCAUACUCUAGAACUUGUGGAGCCUCUAAAAGCUGCUUUAAAAAGCUGUAACACACCGCUGCUAAAGGCUUAUUGCAAUUCCCUUGAAGAUACAAGAUUCCAAAUUAUACUUGGAAAGAUUACAACUGUAAUUAAUGAUGAUACAAGGUACACAAAAGGAUGUCUGAGUAUGAGGACCCAGAAAUGUUAUGCUGUUAAGCCUAACAUCAAUGAAUUCCUUGACAUAGCUCGUAGAACAUACACAGAAAUUGUUGAUGACAUAGCAGGUAUGAUAACACAACUUGCAGAAAAGUACAACCUACCAUUGAAAACAAGUUUCAGCUCUGCUCGUGGAUUUUUUAUCCAGAUGAAUGUUGAUUGUUCAACAUUACCCAAUGGCCAACUUCCUUCAGAAUUUACAAAGAUCACUAAAAUGAAAAACACAUAUAGCUUCACUUCAGCAGAUUUAAUAAAAAUGAAUGAAAGAUGUCAGGAGUCCUUGAGAGAAAUAUAUCACAUGACCUACUUAAUAGUGUGUAAACUACUGAAUGAGAUCUAUGAACACAUUCAUUGCCUAUACAAGCUGUCUGACAUUGUCUCAAUGCUGGAUAUGCUGCUUUCAUUUGCCCAUGCCUGCACUCUUUCUGAUUAUGUUCGUCCAGAAUUUACGGAUACUUUAGCGAUCAAGCAGGGUUGGCAUCCCAUUCUUGAAAAGAUAGCUAUGGAAAAACCUGUAUCUAACAACACAUAUCUGACAGAGGGUAACAAUUUUGUCAUUAUUACAGGACCAAAUAUGAGUGGAAAAUCAACAUACCUAAAACAGAUUGCUCUCUGUCAAAUUAUGGCACAGAUUGGUUCCUACGUCCCAGCAGAGUAUUGUUCUUUUCGAAUUGCAAAGCAGAUUUUUACCAGAGUAGGUAUGGAUGAUGAUAUAGAAACAAAUGCAUCAACAUUCAUGAAGGAAAUGAAAGAGAUAACAUACAUCAUACAAAAUGCUAAUGAAAAAUCACUCAUCAUAAUUGAUGAACUCGGCAGAGGUACCAGUGCUGAAGAAGGUAUUGGCAUUUGUUAUGCUGCCUGUGAAUAUCUGUUGAAUUUAAAGGCGUUUACAUUGUUUGCUACACAUUUCCUGGAACUGUGUCAUAUAGAUGCUUUGUAUCCCAAUGUGGAAAAUUACCAUUUUGAAGUGCAACAUAUGAGAAGCAGUGCUGGAAAUAAGGAGAAAAUUGCUUACACUUACACACUCUCUAAAGGAUAUACAGAGGAAAAGAACUACGGAUUAAAAGCUGCAGAAGUUUCUUCCCUACCAUCAUCGGUAAUUUUGGAUGCAAAGGAAAUCACAAAUCAUAUUGCAAAACAAAUUUUGCACAGGCAGCAAAGCACUCCUGAGAUGAUGAAACAGAGAGCUGUAUACCAUUUAGCAAUGAGAUUGGUUCAGACUGCCAGAAAUUCUCGACUGGAUCCAGACAGUUUGCGUAUAUAUUUGAAAGGCUUGAAGAAAAAGUACGAAGCCAGUUGUCCUGCACCCAGACAAAAUGAUGAGCAACAGUAAUGUGUAACAUAUGCUGUUACUCUAAUUUUUAUGACUGCAAGAUGAUUCUGUUUUUUUCCAUAGUAUUAGGAAACACUGCUUUUCACAUGUUUUUAAAUUCUUAAUUCUUAGUCUAAAUAAUACUCACUACUGAAAGACCAUAUCUUUCACGUUUUUUUUCCCCCAAACAUACCUGAAAUAAAAGCAUUUACUGUCUAUG